CUAUUUAAAAAGCAAAAAAAAAAAAUGAUUUUUUCUCUUUGGUCAUCAAUGUCAUUAGUGAAUAUCGUUGAAAAAAAUUUCUUUUUGUGAAAAAAAUGGCUGAAUCUAAUGAAUCAAAGCAAAAAUUUCGAAUUCUUGCUAUUGUUAUGAACGCUGUUGGACAUAUAAAUGCUUGUCAAGGACUUUGUGAUAAACUUCUGGAACGUGGUCAUGAUGUUAUAUUUUUGAUUGAUGAAGAAUUUGCUGGUCGUUUAAAACCAUUUGGUUUUAAAGAAUAUCAUUAUCGAAUGCCUAAACCAUCGGUAACCAAUGAUGAUGGUGAAAAAGUUGAAUUUUGGCAAUGGUUUUUAUCGAAAAAUGCAAAACUUUAUGAAUUAUCACCAAUCGAACAGAAUGAAAAAUUAAAUCCAUUAGUAUUUCGUACAAUGUUUGAUCAACAACGUAGUGUUGAAGAUAUUUAUCGUAAAUCGAUUGAUGAUAUUCAUCCCGAUAUAAUUAUUAGUGAUUGUUAUGUAAAUUGUCCGGCUAUUACUAAUUCCGGUAUACCAUGGAUAUGGUUAUUUUCGGCUGCACCACAAGCAAUGAUACAGGAUCCACGUUUUCCACCAUAUUAUUCUGGUUUACCAUUGAAUGGUGAUCGAAAACAAUGGCAUGAAUUUCAACAAAGAACUAAUGAAGCCUUCUCUACAUUGAUUAAUGAUAUUAAUCAAUAUUCAAUGGAAAAAGGUAUGAAACCUAUGGAUAAUCAUCGUCUUCAUCCAUUAUCACCAUAUCUGAAUAUUUAUAUGUGGCCAAUGGAAUUUCGUUACAAUGAAUGGAAUGAAUUAUCGGAUAAUUUUUUCGGUAUCGAUAAUCUAAUGCGGAAAACUAUUGAACAAAAAUUUGAUAUUCCUGAAUCACUUCGCGAUAAACCAGGAAAAUUGAUAUUAUUUUCAAUGGGAUCAUUUGGUUGUUCAAAUGUGAAACUAAUGAAACGAUUGGUCGGUAUUUUUAGUAAAUCACCAAAUCGUUUUAUUGUUUCAAAAGGACCAAUGAAUUAUGAAUUACCGGAUAAUAUGUGGGGUGAUAAAUUUUUACCACAAAAAUCAAUAUUACCAUUAGUUGAUUUAGUUAUUACACAUGGUGGUAAUAAUACUGUAACUGAAUCAUUUUAUUUUGGUAAAAAAAUGCUUAUAUUACCAACAUUUGAUGAUCAAUUUGAUAAUGCACAACGUAUUGUUGAAGUUGGCCUUGGUGCACGUUUGAAUCCAUUCGAAUCAAGUGAACAAGAAUUUUUGGACACAAUUCAACGAUUAUUGAAUGAUGAAAAUCUAACCAAACGUAUGAAUGAAAUUGGUAAACGUAUACGUAUGGCUGAAAAUGAUAAACAGCGAUUAGCUAAACGUAUUGAAAUGAUUUGUGAAAAAAAUUCAAAUUGAAUUGAAACAAAAUCAUAGUUAACAUUCGAUUGCUGAGCAAACAUUAUUUGAAAUUUUAUUAAAAAAAUUGCCUAAUAAUAAGAAUUUUUCAAUAGUGAAUAGUGUGUGUUUGUGUGUGAAU